GCGAUAUACUGCUACAAUGGAUUUAAGCAAAGAGGAGACAGAACGCUUCGCGACUUUCAAUCGUAUAUGUACGGAACAUGGGCUGUCGGAAAGACCUAGACGCCUAGACGCGGGAGACGUCCAGGAUGGAAUCAAUGACGAAGUCACGUUACUCCGAUUCUUUAAAGCAGGUCGUCUGAACCCCCAUAGAGCUCUCCAGCAGCUCCAAGAGGCAACUAAGUUUCGUGAAGAACAAUAUGUCCUUUCUCUGUAUAUGACCAUCCAUGUAGAUGACUUUGAACAUACGCGCAAGUUUUAUCCCCAUUGGACCGGCCGUCGAGACAAACGUGGAUCACCAAUCCUGAUGGUAGAUAUGGCUCACUAUGACCAGUCCGGAAUAGCUGAAUGGAGGAAGUCGCGGGAAAUGUCCUGUUGCACUGACCCAACUGUCACCCCCAAAGAUAGGCCGAACAUGUCUCAACGGGCAAUGGUGUUUCACGGUAGUCUGACCCGUUUCGUCCUGCCCCUUUGCUCGGCUAUGGGUGACCGACCAAAUCUGUCAACGCCCAUCAGUAACGCGGUUUAUAUCGUUGACGCAUCUGUGGUAUGCGUAAAACAAGCGUGGAACCUGAAAGACUUUGCGCAGGAAGUCAGCUGGAUACUGAUGACAUGCUACCCAGAAACUAUUGAGCGUAUCUUUGUCUGCAACGUUCCGUCGUAUUUCUCUACAAUAUGGAAUAUCUUCAAGAAAUGGGUGGAUCCUGUUACAGCAGCCAAAGUGGUGGUCUUGAAGCAAUCAGAGGUCUAUCCGACUCUGGAGAGCUUUAUUGACAAAGAGAAUAUUCCGACGAAAUUCGGAGGUGGCUUUGCGUUCCAGAAUGGAAUGCUCCCAGACCUGGAUCAUGGCAUUCGUCAGCGCCUGCAAUGGACUACACCAAGACAAUGCAUACCACCUGGUCCUGUUAAGUGGGUUCAGGCUGAUGGUGGCAAGAGAAUCGCAGUUGCCACUGGGAGUAUGGACAUGAGCGUACCAAGAAAUGUUGAAAUUGCAGCGCUGUUAUGA